UGCGUGACAUUGUGAUUGGUCCCUUGUUUUUGUUGAUUGGUUCAUAUUCCUAUCUCCUAUCUAUCAUCUCACAAUGCCUUUGAUGAUGAAUUGAUGGAACUGGGAAUCAGAAGCCCUGUCCAUGCAACACUCUUUCACCAUUUCUCCAAUUCUCUUCUCUUCCCUGCACGUCUCACCCUCUUAAACACUACCUCUUCAUCUUUCAUGGCUACCCAUUUGCACGUCUCCAGUGAAGAAUUCGACCCUUCUCCUUCUCUUGCAAUUGGACAACACGACCUCUUAAUCGUUGGUCCUGGGAUUCUUGGUCGUUUAGUGGCUCACAAUUGGCGCCAGCUGCAGGAAUAUUCUGGUUGUCAAGUUUUUGGACAAACAGCAACCACUAAUCAUCACCGAGAGUUAACUGAAAUCGGUAUCAAUCCGUCUUUGAAGUGGACCAAAGCCUCCCUCAAAUUUCCCUAUGUCAUUUUCUGUGCUCCCCCUUACCAAUCCUCAGACUACCUUGGUGAUCUUAGGCUGGCUGCAUCAUGCUGGAAUGGUGAAGGUGCUUUGCUGUUUACAUCAAGCUCUGCUCCUUAUGAUUGUAAUGAUAAUGGAUUGUGUCACGAGGAUAGUCCAGUGGUGCCAACAGGGAGGAGUCCCAGGACUGAUGUCCUUCUAAAAGCUGAAAAAAUAGUGCUGGAGUUUGGUGGUUCUGUUUUAAGACUGUCUGGACUUUAUAAAGUAGAUAAAGGUGCACAUGCUUAUUGGUUAGAGAAGGGGAUAGUCGAAUCUCGUCCUGAUCACAUUCUGAAUCUUAUACACUAUGAGGAUGCAGCUUCACUCUCUGUCGCAAUUUUAAAGAAACAAUUUCGUGGGAGAAUUUUCUUGGGAUGUGAUAAUCAUCCCUUAUCCAGGCAAGAAGUGAUGGAUCUAGUUUACAAAAGUGGGAAAUUUAGUAAAAAGUUUGAGAAAUUUACAGCAGGAACCGAUGAUCCUCUAGGCAAGAGAUUGAACAACUCCAGAACACGCCAGGAAGUAGGGUGGGAGCCCAAGUACUCUAGCUUUGCUCAUUUCCUUGAGACCAUCUGAUUCACUCAGUAUUUUGUUAUCAAUAAUACUUUUUGCAUGUAAAUCCGUACUUGACAUGAUUUUUUAGCCUUGCUGUGGUGGGGUAAUAAAAACAUGAUGGAGUGCAUUUGCAGAUUUAGGCUGUGUUUGGAUAAAAAAAUUGAGAACGUGCUUUUGAAAAUUUCAAUGCACCUAAUUGUUGUGCUUGUUA